UCAUCAUCAUCAAAAACUCAAGAAACACGUAAUUUUUCAAUUCCUUACAAAUUGUUUGUUUUUAUUGUAAGAAGUCAUGAAAAUGAAUCUAAAACAUUGUCCUCGCGUAUCUUUGACAAAGUAUGCCAUCAUAAAACGUCGUCGUUCAGCUCUCCACCCAAAAGAUUUUCUUCUCUGCUACGCUAGAUUUUCUUCUCAUUUCCAUGCAAAUACUUUCCACUCUCUCACACACACAUUUAUUUUCCUCUCUAUAAAUAUGAACACCUCGCGGCUUUUCUCUUCCAUCACCGGCCACCACCACCACCACCCCAACCACCGCCGCCUCCCUUAAUCUUAUUCCUCCCUAUCUUUCUUCAAAGUCAAGAAAUUAACCAACAAAAGAAAUGGCAGUGAAUUAUACAGUCCCGACUUAUUUCAUAGUCGUAUUAUUCAUAACCCGGUUAAUGUCGACGGCCGGAAAAACCAGACCUAAACUCCUAACCCUUGAUUUUGCAGAAAGAAUCCAAACCGAUCCCUCAGCCAUAAACUCAGCCUCGAGUGACUACGGUCAUAUUAUCCACUCAAAACCAGCAGCCGUUCUCUACCCGUCUUCCGUACAAGACAUAGUUAGUCUAGUAAAAUUUGCCUACAAUUACACUGCUCCGUUAACUGUAUCCGCUAGAGGCCGUAGCCAUUCCGUUAACGGACAAGCUAUGGCUCCGGACGGCGUCGUUGUCGAUAUGAUGCGUUUGAGAAGCUUUAAAGAAAAAAGUAACGACGGAAUUAAAAUCUCGAAGAGCCCUUCGUUAGGUUUUUAUGCUGAUGUCGGAGGUGAACAGCUAUGGAUUGAUGUGUUACAUGCUACUACGAAACAUGGUCUUGCACCGGUUUCGUGGACGGAUUAUUUGUACCUCACCGUCGGAGGGACGCUUUCGAACGCCGGAAUCAGUGGACAAAGUUUCCGAUACGGUCCUCAGAUCAGCAAUGUCUAUGAAAUGGAUGUUGUUACGGGAAAAGGAGAGCUCGUAACUUGCUCUGGGAACAAAAAUUCCGAUCUAUUUUACGCUGUUCUUGGAGGAUUAGGGCAAUUUGGAAUAAUAACCAGAGCUAGAAUAGGUUUAGAGGCGGCACCAAAGAGGGUUAAGUGGGUACGGAUGCUAUACAUUGAUUUCUCUGAAUUCACGAAAGACCAAGAACUUUUAAUUUCAGUGAAUGGAAGUAAUGCAGUGAACUACGUGGAAGGUUCACUAGUUAUGGAUCAGGGUCCAAAUAAUUGGAGAUCUUCCUUUUUUCCUUCUUCUGAUAUCCCCAGAAUAAUGUCCCUUGUUCACCAACAUGCCAUCAUCUACUGUCUUGAAGUUGCUAUAUAUUAUGAUGAUGCCACCAAAUAUUCUAUGCCACAGGAACUUGAACGAAUGCUCGAAGAAUUAAACUUCAUCGAGGGAUUUAAGUACGAGAAAGAUGUGUCAUAUAUUGAUUUUUUAAAUAGAGUAAGAAGUGGAGAGCUAAAUCUUCAAUCACAAGGACUUUGGGAAGUUCCUCAUCCAUGGCUUAAUCUAUUUUUGCCAAAAUCCAGCAUUUCUACCUUCAAUUCAGGUGUUUUUAAGGACAUUGUCCUUAAACGAAACAUUACUACAGGACCUGUCCUUUUUUAUCCUAUGAACCGUAACAAAUGGGAUGAUCGUACGUCUGCAGUUAUACCAGAUGAGGAUGUUUUCUACACCGUAGGAUUUUUGCAUUCUAGUGGAUUUGAUGAUUGGCAGACAUUUGAUGACCAGAACAAAGAUUUGUUGAAGUACUGUGACAAAGCUGGCAUUAAGAUUAAACAAUAUUUUCCUCAUUACUCAACUAAGGAAGAAUGGAUGAAACAUUUUGGACCUAAAUGGACAACUUUUCAAGAUAGGAAAAUCAAAUAUGAUCCAAAAAUGAUGUUAUCACCGGGGCAGAAAAUAUUCAAUUGAUCGUGUUUAGAUGGAUAAAUUUUGUUUCUGUUUCUUUAAGGUAUUAUUUUCUGGUAAUUAAUGCUAGUGAGAGAGAAGAAAACAUAGAAAUGUAGUAAGAAUUUGAGAGGAAUUAAUUACGAGAGAUUCUUAGGUAGACUUAGUCCACCACGUCAUCCAUGGACUAGCCUAUCACAUAAUGACACGUCAUUAAAAUGAUGGCAAUCUUGUAAAUUCGUUUAUUACUUAUUUACACUUUUGAAUAGUAAUAUUACAAGAUUGCCAUCAUUUUAAUGACGUGUCAUUAUGUGAUAGGCUUAGUCCACGGAUGACGUGGUGGACUGAGUCUACCUAAGAAUUUCUCAUUAAUUACACUAAUUUAUUCCUUGAGGAUUCUCCAAAUUAGUGAUUGUAAAUAUAUAAAAUAGAGGAAAUUAAAAUUCUAUUUGUA